AUGGCGGAGCCGCGCCGAGUCGCGUUCAUUAGCCUGUCACCGGUGAGGCGGCGCGAGGCCGACCCGGCGGGCGCCGAGCGCGAGCCCCCCCGGCCGGAGCCGCAGCCGUACCGCGAGCCGGCCCGGGCGGAGUCGGCCCCCCGGGCUGACGCGCAGCACCCGGCGCGCGACAAGCCGCUCCCCCAGCGCGAGGGCGGCCGCGCCGAGCCGCCCAUGGCGCUGCUGCAGCGCGAGCCCCCGCGGCCCGAGCCGCCGCCGCCGCUGCCUCCGCCGCCGCCGCUGCCCCUGCAGACGUCGACUGCCCCGCCGCGGGACGCGGCUUCCCGGGCGGAGCCGCCGCAGCCGCCGCGACCGCCGAAGGAGACGGUUCGCCUGGAGCUGGUGCUCAAGGACCCCACGGACGAGAGCUGCGUGGAGUUCAGCUACCCGGAGCUGCUGCUGUGCGGAGAACAACGGAAGAAACUUGUUCAUACAGAAGACCCUUUUACUGAUGAGCAGAAGGAGAGACAAGAAGUGGAAAUGUUGGCUAAGAAGUUUGAAAUGAAAUAUGGUGGGAAAGCCCGUAAACACCGGAAGGAUCGGCUACAAGAUUUAAUUGAUAUAGGCUUUGGCUAUGAUGAGACAGAUCCAUUUAUUGAUAACUCAGAGGCUUAUGACGAAUUAGUUCCUGCUUCUCUAACAACAAAAUAUGGAGGCUUCUACAUCAACACUGGUACUCUUCAGUUUCGACAAGCUUCAGAUACUGAAGAAGAUGAUAUUACAGAUAACCAAAAGCACAAGCCACCCAAGGUUCCCAAAAUAAAAGAAGAUGAUAUUGAGGUGAAAAAGAGGAAGCGCAAAGAGGAAGGGGAAAAGGAGAAGAAGCCGAGGAAGAAAGUGCCCAGACAACUCGGAGUUGUGGCUCUCAAUUCCCACAAGUCUGAAAAAAAGAAGAAGCGAAAUAAAGAUUCCCUUUAUUUGGCUGCCAUGAUACGAAAAUUUCAAAAAGAGAAGGAUGCAUUAAAGAAGGAAUCUAACCCUAAAGUCCCAGUGAACAUACCAACUUCCUGUCUCACUAAGCCCUCUUGUGCUGCCACAGCCGUGGGGGAUGACAUCCCGGACUUAAGUUUGAACAGUGCUGAUCCAGACCUCCCUAUUUUUGUUAGCACAAAUGAACAUGAAUUGUUUCAGGAAGCUGAAAAUGCCCUAGAGAUGCUCGAUGACUUUGACUUCGACAGAUUACUGGAUGCUGCUUCUGAUGGUAGCCCCCUCUCUGAGUCAGGGGCAGAAAAUGGAAACACCACCCAGCCCACUUUCAGCUCUCAGGUUAUGCCAAAGGUGGUGCCUACGCUGCCCGAUGGUCUACCUGUGCUCCUUGAGAAACGCAUUGAGGACCUUCGUGUAGUAAGUGCUGCUAAACUUUUUGAUGAAGAAGGAAGAAAAAAAUUCUUCACACAAGAUAUGAAUAAUAUUCUUCUGGACAUUGAGUUACAGCUACAAGAACUAGGCCCUGUCAUUCGUAGUGGUGUCUACUCCCAUCUUGAAGCCUUUGUGCCAUGCAAUAAGGAGACCCUGGUGAAACGUCUAAAGAAGUUGCAUCUUAAUGUCCAGGAUGAUCGUUUAAGAGAACCUCUGCAGAAAUUGAAGUUGGCUGUUAGCAACGUCAUGCCUGAACAGCUGUUCAAGUACCAAGAGGACUGCCAGGCUCGCAGUCAAGCCAAGUGUGCCAAGUUGCAAGCAGAUGAAGAACGGGAAAAAAAUGGAUCCGAAGAUGAUGAUGAUGAGAAACCAGGGAAGCGAGUCAUAGGCCCACGAAAGAAAUUCCACUGGGAUGAUACUAUUAGAACUUUGUUAUGUAACCUUGUUGAGAUCAAAUUGGGAUGCUAUGAGUUAGAGCCAAAUAAAAGCCAGUCUGCUGAGGAUUACCUUAAAUCCUUCAUGGAGACAGAGGUGAAGCCACUGUGGCCUAAAGGCUGGAUGCAGGCCAGAAUGCUUUUUAAGGAAAGCCGGAGUGUACAUAAUCAUCUUACUUCUGCUCCGGCAAAGAAAAAGGUGAUUCCUGCAUCAAAACCCAAAGUCAAGGAGGUGAUGGUAAAGACCCUUCCUGUUCGUUCUGUCCCCACUAUGCUGAAGGAAUGUAGCCCAAAAAAAGACCCAAAGGCUCCUGUAUCUUUGGCUUCAGUUGGUCCCUCCACAAGCUCCAGCACACCCAUCGUUGUUUCGGCCAGCUCGAGCUCAGCACCAGCCCAAGAAACCAUCUGCCUGGAUGACUCCUUGGAUGAAGAUCUUUCUUUCCACUCCUCUUCACUGGAUCUUGUAUCUGAAGCUUUAGCCGUCAUCAACAGCGGCAACAAAGGCCCCUCGGUUGGCUCAAGGCUCAAUGUGCCAACUGCAAAGCCUCGUCCAGGCCUGAGAGAAGAAAAACUAGCAAGUAUCAUGAGCAAGUUACCACUGGCCACUCCCAAAAAGCUGGAUCCUACUCAGACUGCACACUCAUCAAGUCUUAUUGCUGGUCACACAGGGCCAGUACCAAAGAAACCCCAGGAUUUAGCUCACACUGGCAUUUCUUCAGGCCUUAUUGCUGGUUCUUCAAUUCAGAACCCUAAAGUCUCCUUAGAGCAUUUGCCAGCCAGGCUACUGCAGCAAGGAUUGCAAAGGUCCAGUCAGAUACAUGCUUCUUCCUCUUCACAGACUCAUGUCUCCUCCUCCCAAGCCCAAGUUGCUGCCUCCUCUCAUGCCCUGGGAACAUCAGAGGCCCAAGAUGCUUCUCCGUUAACACAAGCAGCAAAGGUGCAGCAGCACUCAGCUGUCCAGCAGAACUACGUGUCUCCAUUACAGGCCACCAUUAGUAAAUCACAGACCAACCCAGUGGUGAAAUUGAGUAAUAACCCCCAGCUUUCCUGUUCGUCCCAGCUGCUCAAGACUUCAGAUAAGCCACUGACGUAUCGCCUCCCUUUGUCUACCCCAUCACCUGGAAAUGGGUCUCAGGGGCCCCACCCCCUGGUUUCUAGGACAACACCAAGUACCACUACCUCUAGUAACUACUUAGCCAAGGCUAUGGUGUCACAAAUCUCCACGCAGGGUUUCAAAUCUCCCUUCUCAAUGGCUGCAUCUCCCAAACUUGCCGCGUCUCCCAAACCUGCCACGUCUCCCAAGCCUUUGCCCUCACCUAAGCCUUCUGCAUCACCCAAGCCCUCUUUGUCAGCUAAGCCUUCAAUAUCAACUAAACUUAUUUCUAAAUCCAACCCAACUCCCAAGCCUGCUGUAUGCCCAACUUCCUCCAGUCCAAACACACUAGUAGCCCAGAGUAGCCACUCCACCAGUACCAACCCCGUCCAUAAACAGCCCAGUGGAGGAAACAUCAGCAGACAGUCUCCCACUCUGAAUCUGUUGCCCUCAAAUCGCACUUCUGGCCUUCCACCUACAAAGACUCUUCAGGCCCCUUCUAAACUAACAAACUCGUCGUCCACUGGAGCUGUGGGGAAGAGCAGCUUGGGUGGACUUCCCAUGAAUGUGCCUGCCAGCAGAGGCAGCAACCUUAACUCGAGUGGAGCUAAUAGGACUAGUCUGUCUGGGGGGACAGGAAGUGGAACACAGGGUGCUACUAAACCGCUGUCUACUCCACAUAGACCAACCUCUGCCUCAGGGUCUUCGGUGGUAACAGCCAGUGUGCAGUCCACAGCAGGAGCAUCAUUAUUGGCUAAUGCCUCACCUCUGACUCUCAUGACAUCACCUUUGUCUGUAACAAAUCAAACUGUGACUCCUUUUGGGAUGCUGGGUGGCCUUGUUCCAGUGACCAUGCCCUUCCAGUUUCCCUUGGAGCUCCUUGGCUUUGGAACGGACACAGCUGGAGUGACAACCGCCUCGGGAUCUACCUCAGCCGCUUUCCAUCACAGCCUGACUCAGAAUUUACUAAAGAGUUUACAGCCAGGAACUCAGCACGCCACAACACUUCCCCACUCACCUCUGCCUACACACUUACAGCAAGCUUUUCAUGAUGGAGGCCAAAGUAAAGGGGACACUAAGUUACCACGGAAAUCUCAGUGACUUCCCAGCAAUCAAGAGGAAUCAUUUGGCUGGCUGUUGGGACCUACCUGAUGGGAAAGUCUUACGUGGUCACAGGGCUGCUGUUUCUGUCGAUGUUUACAUUCUCGUCCCAAGCACUGUGGUGAGGAGGAAAAGGAAAGAAAAUGUUACUUGAGCAAAACCAGGUGCAGGAGGAAGAAAUGCUUUUGUGCAAAAUUAGUGACCUUUGGUCUCUUAAAGCUCCCAUGUUAACCUGCUUCAAAGAGACUCAGCUGUCAAACCCACAGAAGUAUCAAUUUGAUUUUUUUUAACCUGGGGGAGAAAGAAGGAAGUUGAGAGGAUUUGGGUAAAUGGUCAUCCAUCCCGGGGGUUGGAUCUGAACACUCUACAUAUAAGUGCAUAAUAAAAACAACUAAAAGUAGAAUUAGCCAGUUUGAGGAGAAUCAGUCAUGUUUGUGUAGUGGACAGAUUUGCCACAGUUAAUCGCACGAUGUUCUCCAGACAGUAGUCGAAGAGCACUGUACCCUCAAAUGUCCUGAGCAAGCUUGAAUCUUCUCCAGUGUGUAGCAGUUCCCAAUGUAAGGCUGAAGAUGCUUCAGCAAAGCUGCUGUAGCACAGUGAUAAAUAUCACCGUAUCUUUUAGAUUUUUAAAGUCAGGAAAGUGAGCCUGUUGCUCUUAACAGACAAAAUGUAGAUAAUCCCCUUUUUGUAAAAGGGUCUAUUUCAUCCUCCAUUCAGAAGUAGGUACUGAACUCCUUUCUGCAGCUGACUUGUCAUCCAGUAUUGACUGGUUAGUAUUUAUUUCUGGUCCUGAUGUGCGAGAGUUGAGUGCUCGCGUUUUCUCUUGACACAUGGGGUCUUGUCGUUGGGCCGUUGCUUUGCUGCUCUGCUGCUCAUCUCCCUUAUGGCCUGCCAAGAACUGCCGAUGUCCAGUCCCCCACUGCACAGUGCUCCUCACUGCACAGUGCUCCCCACUGCAGAUGUCCAGUCCCCCACUGCACAGUGCUCCUCACUGCACAGUGCUCCCCACUGCAGAUGUCCAGUCCCCCACUGCAAAGUGCUCCCCACUGCACAGUGCUCCCCACUGCAGAUGUCCAGUCCCCCACUGCACAGUGCUCCCCACUGCAGAUGUCCAGUCCCCCACUGCACAGUGCUCCUCACUGGUGGUGCUUUAGGUGACCAGAGCUGUUGAUACAAAGAGUGCACAGCAUCUAUUUCUUUGUUGGUCAACCAAAUGGCAUAUACAUAAUAGUAUACUGUUUUAAAGGGAUGAAUUCCAGUAGGAAUACUGUGCACAAGGGAACCCUCCCUUUAUAACUGUCACAUGAAGCUUUAUGCCCCAUAUCCUUUGCAGUAAAAAUGUUUGGAGCAUUUGGAAUCUGAAAGUUUUACUAGAGUUUACUCAAUGUUGAUAUUCAAGUAAGCCUACAGAUAAUUAAGAUUCUUUAAUUCUUGUUUCUAUAUAUGAAUAGAGGCAACAAAGGAUGUGAAGGGAUAAAUAACAAUUCUCUUUGGAUACAUUUAAUUUUCCCUCAACUACAUUGUGGUGUCCCCCUGAAUUUUAAACUUUUGAGUAUUUUCAAAUUAUCUAAGAAUAGUGUAAGCUCUUAGUGAUAUAAGUUUAGUUUGUGUAUGAUGACAGACUAACCUGGUAAUAACAAGACUGUUUUCAUAUUCUCAUUAAGUUUAUACAGACGAGAGUGUUAACCAGACCCCAUUUUCCUUUGAUAAGCAGAAGUCCCAAGAAGCCUCUAGGACUAUAAUAACCAAUCACAAAUCUGCUAGGAUUUUUAUGCCUAUAAUUUGACUUCAAAGUCACAUUGACGUGCUUCAUAGCAAAAAGUCAGUGAAUAACUGAAAACUUUAGUUCCAAGAACUUAUUACAGUAAGGGGAAAUGAUUGUUCAGAAGAGCCAUUGAAGCUGGGUAUGUUGGCUCAUGCUUGUAAUCCCAAUACUCAGGAGGCUGAGGCAGGAGGAUCUCAGGUUUGAGACCAGCCUGGAGUAUGUAGCAGCGAGACCCAGGCUAGUCUGCACUGGGCUGACAAUGAGACCCUGUCUCAAAAAAAAAAAAAAAAAAAAAAAAAAGGAAGGAAAGGAAUCAUUGGUAUAAUUUCUUGACUGUAGUAAUUUAGUUUACCAAUAAAACAAAUAUGGAUGCUUUGUGAGCCCUGGUAGAUAAUUGGAAAGAUUCAGGGACGUAGCAGAGAGCUUUGACUUGAAUUUAACAUGUUAAGUUUCAUUCGAAAGGUGUCCUAGAGAAACUACUCAGCUCUUGGCUUACUCCAGCACCAGGUGACUUCUUUGCCAACAUGCCUGCUAAUAUUGCCUGGGCUGCUGUUCUGGGGGUGGGUGGUGUUUAGGAAGAUGGCCUUGGGCUUCAUUUCCUCUUCCCAGGGAUAAGUCAGUGCAUAUUAGUCUCUCUUCCUGCUGAUACCUGUGUGUUUGUGUGUUUACAUAGACACAUUCAUAUAAAUCAAUUGCUAUUAAAAGUCAGAUAAUGGUAAUUGUAGUUUUUUAAAUCCAUCCAUUCUGAACCAUGCUAUAUGAAGGCCCCUGAUGGUUCUUUUCCAUCAUUAGAAAAGAACAAGAUUAGUAAUUCUGCUUCCUGUGUCUUUUUAUAAAAUUGCCUGAAGCCCUGGGCUCUGAGAAUAUAAGACGUAAAGUCUGUUCUGUUUUUAUCAGUCUUGAUUCCCUAAGGACUGCUGUAAGAUUCCCCACUUCAGCAACCUUCCAUGUAAUACAGAUGAAUCAGAGUCCUUUCUACAUGUAAAUACAUUUCUUUCUAUAUCAUAACACUGAAAAUGGUGUCCAUACUUUAUGGUUACCUGUCCUUACAGUUUUUAUUACAAAGAACAAGCAUAUAAGUUGGUUAUUUUUUAACAGAGACUUGCAACUCACACUGUAUUUUUGCACUUAAAGUCAAAUUAUGUUAUUUUUCAAAUGGUGAAUGACUGGAAAGGAUAUCUGUAGAGCAAUGUGUAUCGCUAAAGAACAUUAGCAACAUCCAAAUGCAGAAGUAAAUCAGCACACUUAGAUCCCACUCAUGGGGUACUUGAUUCAGGAAGAUUAAGGUAUUUGAUUCCAACUGUCUUACAUUUAAAAUUGCCUUCACUGAUGUAUAAGCUGUUACGUACGUACAAGGUGAUCCUCAGUAUUCACAAGCAAUAACAGUCAGCAGAGCUGUCCUCAGACAGCACUGCUGGACCUCAGUUGGAGACUGUUUGGGAGCAAAGUGUCAAGCUCAUUCAGAGCCUCUGAAAUAAAUGCAAGCAAUAAUUUCUAUUAAAAUUAAAUUAUAAUUCUCAUGCUUCUGAGAACAAAGUGAGAAAUCAUGAUUUUAAAACAUUCUGGAGAAAAGAAGCCAAGUUUUUCUAUAGUAGCAAAGUCCUUAUACUUUGAAGAAAUGAAGACGAUUCAGUUAGUACAUUUUUUCAUGCCCACCACCCCUUUGAUGGAUGUUAGUAGCCCAAAUCUAUUGUUUUGUGUCAUAGACACUGAAUAAGGGUUAUUUGGGUCCCAACACUGGGGGAAGAACUGGGCAUAUACCUGUUUGAAGACUGUGGGUUUGACACCUGCUUGGAAACAGCUUAUUGGAACUGAUAAUAACCCAGGAUAUUUUUUCCCAAAGCAGAUCUAAACUGUUUACUAUGCAGAGAUGGAAAGGGCAGGCACCCCUGUUCUCUCUCCUCUGGCUGCCCUCUCCCACAACCCUUUCCACCUCUACUUGUUCAAGACUUUCUGAAAUGAAAAUUCUACUGUUAUUGUAACUGCCAUUCGUUUUGAGAACUCUGUCCUUUGCGAUUGUCUCUAGAACUGUUAUCUGUCCUACUUGCUGCUACAUUUGGAAAAUGACUUUGCCUGUGUUGGUUGACUUUAACUUCUCUAUUUAUAGGAGAUGCUGUCAUGUACUUUGACCCCUGUGUAGAACUAGGGUACUUUAUUUUAGGGGUGUACUGUGAAAGCACACUGGCCCUUGUGUUGUUAUUAUUACCUAGGUUUUGAAUUUGUUUGCUUUGUUUGUUGGAUUUUGUUUUAUUUUUCAAAUUGAAAUAUAGAAUAAUGGAAAACUCUGUAUCCAGGCCAAACUUGAGAGCUGUCCUGUGCUUCAGCAUGAGUGCUUCUGCUGACCCAACGUUCUCCGAAGGGCACUUUGACCUUUAGUUGUACACGUGUGACUUUUGUGUGUUUUAGCUUUGGGGGUGCUUUUGGUUUUAUAAAAACAAAGCAGAAAAGAAGUGCAGUAGUAGAUAAAUGAUCACAAACACGUUAUGCAAUUUUAUUUUAUAAAAGUUUAAAGGAAAAGUUUAACUCCUUGUAAAUAAUUUCUUAUCUCUGGUAAAAUGCUUAUAUUACUCCUCUAAACCAUGCUCAAUUCAGGCCUUUGUCUUUGUUAAGUGCCUUUUAUUUCUUUCUUUUUCUCCCCUCUUUAGAAACUUUUCAGACACCCUCAAGUACAUACUGAUUAAGUCAGGGGAUUCAGGAGAAAGAAUCUCAGACUUGCCAAAAUCAUGUCAUGUUAUAAUAAUACUCUUCCUUCUGCUUUGUAUGCUCACGAGAACAAGAUGCACAGUGUGUGUAUAAACCAGGAACAGCUGUUCCGUGGCAAUCUUUCUAAGCACUGCCCUUUUGACAUUGCAGAACUUCUACCUUGUUUCUUCCAUUGCUUUGGGUUGGUUCAGAUGGGCAGAUCGGGAAGUAGUCUUUGCACAUGAUGCUGGCUUCCCCUUCUGAAUAUCUGUAAAAGUUAAUAUAUGUAUGUGUGUGUGUGUAUAUAGGGCAUUAUAUAUAUAAAGCAUAUACAUGUUGGUUAUUGCAAGCAUAAUAAACGCGGUGGACUCACUAUUUCUGGAUGUAAUCCGCUUCUCUCUACCCCUUCAAAUUUGGCAGAAGCAGUGUGUUAAGAAGCAUCAGAAUAGCGAGAGCACCUUGUGGGUCAAUCUGAUACAGUGCCCUGUGCAGACAAGAUCAAACAAACACAUGCAGGGCUAGAGCUAGCCCCAUGCAGUACUAGCUGAAUACACUUUGAAAGAAGGGAGCACCAUUGUCAUUAUUAAAAGGUGUUUUCUUCUGGAAAAUUGUCUUUAAGAAAUUAUAGAGCUGAAUACCUUUUAAAACUUCAAUAAACUUAGAUUUUAGAUAGUGAGGAAACACUCAUCUGCAACAUACUUGAGAGAUUUUUCAGUCUCUUCAUUUUCCAGAUGAUUAGAUUUUGAUCUGAUUUCAUGAUCAUUUAAACAUCUUUGUUGAGCAAAACAAUAUAACUUUAAGUAUCUAAGUUUCUUUUUAGAUGUGACACGUUGAAAGAGACUAAGUUGAACCAAUUCUCUAAACAGUACACAUAUUUACAAAGGACCCCGCUUAAGUAAAUCAUUAAUUGGAAAAUGACACUUGUGGCUAAAAGAAGAAACUCCUGGUAGCAGAGCUGUCCUCAAGGCAGCUAAGAUCGGUAGUGAGUGUGAAUUCCCAAACUCCUUUAUCUAGGGGGAUGUCAUUUAACCUUUGUGCCUCAGAUUACCCAUGAGACAAUUGGGUAUAAUAAUAAUCGCCUACCUCCCAGGGAUAUCAGAGACUUUACUAUUUCAAAAAUAUUUUGAGUUUUUCUAGAACAUCCUAUAUAAUUAUAGUAUUAUCUUCCUGCAGAGGUUGAAAAACAAAUGUUUUCCUUAUAGUGGAUAUAAAGAGCACCCUAUGGUCUUUAUGUUUAAAAAAAAAGUCACUGGAAUUUAAUUUAGAUACAUAUUUGAUAUUUAAACAUACCAUAUUUGUAGUGUGGUAGAAUUAUUAGUUUCAGAUUAACUCAAAGGAGAGGACACUAAGUUUCUUAACUACCAAUAGAUUUUUUUAAAGCUUUUAUGAUAUUAUUACUUGUGUGAUGUUUUUGAAGGUUGUGAAAGUAAAGUUAGAUAACGUUUGGAUUACUGAUAAAUGAUCCUGAAAGGUUAUAGCCUCCCUCUUCUGCCUUCUGAACCUAAUUUCCUUGCUUGGUGAUGGAAAGCUAAGUUUUUAACGUGUCUAAGAGUAAGUCAGACCCUGCACACUGCUUCUGUGUCUAGGUUUAUCCAGCUUUGCCCUGGAGGAUGGGGCAGCCUACACCUAGACAAGUGUGUAUACUUUUAACUUUGUAACUCAUGCUUCUUCAGCCCAUGAGCAAAUCAGAGCGAUCGCUGCUUGGGUUGUAGGAAAAUAGGAGAAGGAUGACAGAAUUCACUUCCUAGCUGUGGCAAAGGAGAGAUGGUCAGGAUAGGAGGAAACAUGAUUUCCCUCGCUCCUGGGAGGAGAUUAAGAUCAUUUUAUCUCACCUUCCAUUUGUGCAUACUAAGUAAUAAUGCAUAAAGUGUUUUUCUUUAAAAUAACAGGAACAAAUGGAUGUUGCAGUUUUUGUAGUAUGAGUGAGUUUAAAUUACAGCACAUAUUCAGGGUCAGCAAAGAGAGUACAGGGUGUUGAGGAACAAUUACCCAGCUCAAGUGAGUUAGGAGAAAACACUAGGCCUAAGCAGCCAGCACAUCUGGGCUGACCCCAGAACUGGCUCAGACCUGGUCAUUCUCUAGUCCUAGGGGAUUUUCUGGUGUUUUUUUUUUUUUUUUUUUUCUCUCUCUCUCUCCUCCACAUGAGGCCUUAGCUCAUAGCCUCUGAGGAUCAGCUGCGUACAUAAGCAUACUCUUCGCUUUCCACAUUUCCUUCUUGUUCCACUCCGCAAUAACAAAUGUUAAGAUUUCAACCCAAAGUAAUGAGGGUUAGGGGUGUUGUUGAAUGUGUGUGCAUUUCCUCUGGGGAAGAGUGACAGCAGCCUAAAAUAGGUAAGUUGUCUGUGUUAUGUGCCCUAAAAUGUGAACUUUACAUAACAAGCCAGCUGAAGAUCCUUUGCCCGUGCAGACCUAGAGUUAGUGUCGUGGAUCAUGUUUGCGCUUUGAUGAAGUCACCCAUUGUAAUUCUGAGAAGUGUAGUGUUUUGGCUGACAGAGCUAAAAUGCUGGCUCAGGCUCUCCCUGAAAACAGCUUCAAAUAUUAGUGUUGAAUUCUUCAUUUCUUGUAGUCUUCAUUCUUGCCUUUGGGGUGGAACUCUGAAGUUGCCACUCGCUCCUCUCCAGUGUGAGUUGUUGUUGUUGAAUCUAGGGAGGGUUAGGGAAAUGGAUCCCACACCCCCCUCUCCCUCACUUUUCCAUCUGCCCUCUGUCCCCACCACACACAACGAUAGUGUAGGGACAGUUUAUAUCUUAGCGGAGGACAAAAGCAUAGGUCAUCUUUACGGUGUGGUGGAGAUACCUUUGACUAGCCUGAUGCUAAAUGACACUUGCACACUCUACCAUUUGCUUUAAAGUGAUUGUUUGUGAUCUCCUUGUGUUGUGAUGUUGCUGCUUCUCUGUUUCCUCUGUAUCCCCAUUUCAUGUAGCUGCCAUUCAAACUAGGGGUAGUUUUUACACUGCUACCCAAACUGGUAGGAUCAUUUUGAAGUCUCAGUAGUACAAUUAAGGUUCUAUACAUAGUCCAGAACUUACAGAUUACUGAUGAUUGGGACUUUUCCUCUUCUCGUUGAUAUUAAAAAAUAGGUCUCAUAGGCUGAGGGUGUAGCUCAGUGGUAGAGCUCUUGCUCAGCAUGUGCAAAGUCUGGAGGUCCCUAUCCAGCAGUGCAAGAUAACAAUAAUAGAUCACAUUUUUACAUAAUACCAGUACCUUUCAGGAUUUGUCAAAAGAAGUACAAUCUUCAUUAGGAGCUCAUAAUAGUCUGGCUUGCUUCUUUUCUGUGUCUCGCCUAGAACAGAGCUUUUUUGCUAAGGUCUGUCUGAGCCAAGCAGACCAUUGAAUCCUUAGCCCCAAUUUUAAGUUCCCCAGAAAAUUCUUUUGCUUCUGAUAGUUACAUAAUUGUGUCUUACUCUGAGUCUGGCUGGUGGAUGCUUGGUGGUAGAACUCUGGCUGUCAUCAGAAAAGAUGUCUUACCUGAGAUAACGUAAAAGUCAGCAGCUCCAUCUGUCUUCAGAGUCCAUUUUAGAAAUCGACAGCAACCAAGACUAACCAUUGCCCUCAUGACAACUUGUACUUAAAAUUUUACAGCCGUAUUGUAUUUUCUGUACUUAACGACCAUAAACUUUCUUCCUUUCUUGCUUUCCUUUACUGUUUGCAGAAACCUUAUGCACUGUCAGAAAAUUGCUUUUUCCCCCACACUGGUAAAAUUACCAAAAACUACCAAGGAUUAGCCUAAUUUUAGCUAGAAACAUAAAAAGGGAAAUAAAUUUUUUGUCAGUUAACAAAAGUGUUUGUUUUAAAUAGUUAGAAAGUUGAGCCAACUUUGGCCAGCUUUUUUGACAUUCGACUCUGCCUCCAUAGGGAUUAUAUAUCCUUUUUUGGCGUGUGAUCAUCAAGGGCCUUCCCCUGGUAGGGGUUGGUUUCCCUCCCACACAGCUUCCUCUGGUUUGUAGUUAGCAUCCAAAGAAGAGAGCCAAGCUUUGUAGUGAUCUAUUGUCAACUGUCACUGAGAAACUAUCUUACUCUAGGAAGUACUGGAGUGCUAAACUGUUGUUGGAGGAGAGGAUGCUCAUUUGAUCCUCCCCAAGGUUUCUCUGGUUAAACUGUGUCACACUUUAAGGAGAGGAAAAGAAAUCUCUGGCUGGCGAAAAUUUUGCCCCCAAGUAAUGAAGUUAAGUCUAACCUAGGUGAUUAGGAGAUGAGUGUUUUCUCUCUCUGCUUGUGAGCAAGGCUUGUAAUUUUAAGAAUACCAUGGAACUGCAGACCUAUUUGCUAUAACUGGAAAACAAGAAUCUGGAUUUUAGUCUGGUGAAGCACAUAUUUCCAACCCUAUGUUAAGGUCUAGGUAAGGGGAGACUUUUGUUUAGUAGCAGAAGGAAAAACUGUUAUUUGUACCAUGAGUGUCCACUCUCCCGUAAGCUCCACCCUACACAGAUGCACAUUUGCGAGCCAGUCUCUGGGAAUGGAGCCUGAGGCGUUGAUGGUCCUUAGGGAAAGGCCCCAGCUACUGUGCUGCAUCUGCUUGUAGGAAGGUGUGUUUUUGCUAACUUGAAGGAAUAUAUGCUGUAUUUCAAAUAAGUGUGUGACUUAAUACUUUGGGAUUUUUUUUCCUCUAAAAACUGGACCUGAACACAAGCUUUGAGUUGGUAUUUGUAAUAAUCUCAGGACCUGAAAGAUUGUAGCAUUUAGUGUGUCUUAAAAAUUAUGUACUGUACCAGCCAUGGAGUUUUGUAAAUAUACCUGUCUCCCUUUUUUUGUAUUAUUUUAGUAAAUAAAUAAAUAAAUUUAAUAAAAGGGGGUGGCGAUGGUGUGUGUGUGUGUGUGUGUGUGUGUGUGUGUGUGUGUGUGUGUGUGUGUGUGUGUGGCUCUUUUAAGACAAACUGGUGCUUGUUGAAUUUCUAGCUAAGCUCAGCGGGAAUAUGAACACUCUGCUGCCCCUGACCCUGCACUGAGCAAGGAGGAGGCCUUUCCCUGCCUUUCCCGUGGUCUCGGCAGUGCUAGCAAAUGGGAGCAUGUUAGACCCCAAGCCCUUCCUUCUCCACAGCCAUCUCGCUGUCUCGAUCUGGGUCUACUUCCAGCAUCCUUUAAAUUCUGGCACUAAAGCUUCUACACUUCACCAAUUCCUGAUUUUAGUACUCACAACUUUCCUCAGUAAAAAAAGAAGGGCAGGUUUAGGAAAAAACAAAACCAACAAACAGAAACUAACAACAGAAGAACCUCCCAUGUCAUGAGACCCCUUGGGAAUUUUGGAUGUGGGAACAUAAACAUUCCUGAAUGUGAGCUUGCACUGGCCCAUGAUACACUCCUUCAGUGCAGGGACUUCAGUUGGUUUUUCUUUGUGGCAGCUCUGUUCAUAUUCCAUGUGUAACUAGCAAACCCAUUUUGAAAUAAGAGCCUUAUUUGAUUCAGAAUAGAUGUUUCCUGCCUAUCCUUUAUGGCAGGAUCUUUUACAUGAGUGUUUUCUUUUUGUACAUGUUAUGUGUUUGUUGUAUUAAAUAAAGAGUACUGUAAAUAUUA